UCUUGGCUCACAGAGUUCCAUCUGCCUCCUUAGAAGCUGGAACAGCGGUUGAAACUUGUAAUCAAAAAUAGCAAUAAUGAAUUCCUUUGGAUUUACUUUGUUUUUGGCUAUGGCCUUUGUGGGAUCGGUGAUGCCAUUGAGUAAUUCCUACCUGCCGCCCAAGGUGGGCGCCCAGAGCGGUUAUAGUGCUGCGGCCAGCAGCUCCUCCGGUUCCUAUGCCUCGGCUCCGGCUGCCACUUAUGCCCGCAGAGCACCUGCUAUUACCUACUCCGCUCCGGUGGCCUCCCAUGGAUCUUACUCCUCUGGAGGGGCUUCCCAUGGAUCUUACUCCUCUGGAGGGGCUUCCCAUGGAUCUUACUCGGCUCCUGUGGCUUCCUACUCCUCAGGAUCGGCUUCUCAUGGUUCUUACUCUUCGGGAAGCGCUUCUCAUGGAUCCUACUCGGCUCCAGCUGCUUCCCUGGGAUCUUACUCCUCUGGAUCGGCUUCCCAUGGAUCUUAUGCUGCUCCCGUGACCUCGUACUCCUCAGGAUCAUCUUACGCCGCUCCUGCUGCCUCGCAUAGAAGCUACUCGGCUCCUGUUGCUGCUCCUUCUAGGCAGUACCUGGCACCUGUCAAGAGCUAUGCCGCUCCAGCUGCCUCCUAUUCCGGUGGAGCCUCUUCUGGUCCCUCCUAUUCCCUUUCCGGAGGAUCCAGUGGCUCCUAUUCGGCUCCAGCUGCCUCUCAUAGAAGCUAUUCCGCUCCAGUGGCUGCUCCCUCCAGGCAGUAUCUUGCCCCCGCUGCCUCCCAUAAAGGAUAUAGCACUGGAGGAUCCUCCUAUGCCGCUCCUGCUGCAUCUUACUCCGCUCCCGCCGCCACCUACUCCGCUCCCGCCGCCACCUACUCGGCUCCAGCUGCCGCUUACUCUUCCUCUGCCUCUACCUACUCCGCUCCAGCCGCCUCCUACUCCUCGCCAGCCGCCUCAGUUCACCAUGGAUCAUAUGCUGCUGCUCCCAGGAAGACCUACUCCGCACCGGCAGUUUCUCACGUCAGCUACUCCGGCUCUAGCCACGCCUCUGGUUACGGCCAUGGCUCCGGCUCAGGUCACCUUCAGGGAUCCGGACUCCGCGGUGGCCACAAGUCCGGAAGCUAUGCCUCCAACGGUGGCUACGAGUACCGUCUGAAACACUAAGAGCAUCUCUACAAAAACGAGUUCAAAACGAUA